AUGUCUGCAAACAUCACUCUGUGCAGACAAGUAGAUAUAGACAGGCUUCCAUGCGAACAGGUAGAAUCCGGUUUCUUUGCACAGGAUAACCCAUCCGCGAUCCCGGCGAUCAUAGGUGCGCUUCCCCCCCGCUUCGGACUUUUGGACGACUCGCCUGAGCGAUGGCAGAGAUUCAAGGACCGCAUCGACUCACUAAACAGCAAUGCGCCGCACGGUACUUCAUACAAAGUCUUCUUCCUAGGAAGACACGGGCAAGGAUUUCACAAUGUCGCGGAGGAAAAGUACGGUACACAGGCAUGGGACGAUUACUACUCCAAACUCUACGGCGAUUCCGAGAUUACCUGGGGCCCCGACCCUCUUCUGACACCCCUCGGCAUAAAUCAAGCGGAGGCAGCACGUAACGCAUGGCUCGCCGAACUGACAUACGGUAUUUGCCGGCCCGGGCGCUGCUACGCGAGCCCGCUGCAUCGAGCAUUGAGUACAUGGGAGCUCACGUUCGGCGGCGACGACAUCCUUCAGCCAGAAAAGAAGAAGGUGAUGGUACUCGAGAACCUGCGCGAGGAGCACGGUGUGCACACAUGCGACAUGCGUGACCCUCUCUCCGCUAUCCAACGCAAUUUCCCUCCGCCUCUAUACUCCUUUGAGCCUGGAUUCUCCGAGGAAGACCUCAUCUGGCAGCCCGAUGUGCGCGAGACAAAGGAACACAUCAAGAGAAGAGCACAUGCAGUUCUAGAUAAGAUUUUCGGCGAGGCAGAAGAGCUAUACAUCUCAGUCACUGCUCAUGGCGGGAUAAUCAAUGGCUUCUUGGCAGCAAUGGGCCGCCCUCCUUAUGGUCUUCCUACCGGUGGUGCGUGGAAAUGGCUCUGCGCGUGA